AUGAAUUUCGAUGCGGAAAUGACCGAUGUAUUGACCAGUCUCAAUAUUUUCCAUAAUUUCGAUUGCCAAUCAGGAUAUUGUAAUAGAAUAGACGAUUGUGGUGAUCGAUCAGACGAGAAGACCUGUUCAAAACUGACUGGUUCCUAUAGUUUCGACUGUCAACGUUUAUUUAUCCCGAGUAACUGGCACUGUGAUGGUGUUGUCGAUUGUUACAAUGGUCUUGACGAGAAAAACUGUCCAUCUACUAAAAACUGUACUGAUAAUCAAUUCAAAUGUGAUAAUCGUAAAUGUAUUCAUGUCGAUUCAGUUUGUGAUGGAGUCGAAGAUUGUUGGGACAGAUCAGAUGAAAAGAAUUGUAAUUCAACUAAAUGUGCACAAAAUCAAUUUGAUUGUGGUGACCGAUGUAUUCCAUUACAAUGGCGAUGUGACAAACGAAAGGAUUGCUUGAAUUUAAAGGAUGAAAUUAACUGUAACACUGUCAUGUACAGAUCCUAUCGACUUGAUUCAGAUCUUGAAUGUGUCGAGGGAACAUUUCCAUGUGCCGAUAAAUCAGGAUGUAUAUCAAACGAUUUUGUUUGUGACAAAUAUCCUAAUUGUAAAGAUCAUUCUGAUGAAAUGAAUUGUCCUGAUAGAAACGAUUUAGUAUAAUCACAAAUAAACAAUUAUUCAAGUGUUCGAUUAAGAUAAAGUCGAUUGCGAUGAGUUUGGACUCUUGAAUUUGUACAUUGGAGUCGAAAUAAAUCCAACAGAAAAUGAUAAUCA